CAUAUGCUUGUAACCUGCUUAUCACACAGUCAGCAUCUCACCCUUUCCGAGCAGUGGUCCACGGUGAUAACAUUGCCUUCAAAGUAAAAAUGUGCCUAUGUGCAGCCACUACUUCUAUCCAUCACUGGCACAGCCUGAGCUGAGAGGAAACCACAGUUCUUAUUACCCAGCAUACUCCUUUACAACAAUCAGUUAAACAUGUUGGAUUAUUAUGAAGUUUUAGGAGUGCAGAGAUAUGCUUCACCUGAAGACAUUAAAAAGGCUUAUCAUAAAGUGGCACUUAAAUGGCAUCCUGAUAAAAAUCCAGAAAAUAAAGAAGAAGCUGAGAAAAAAUUCAAAGAAGUAGUAGAGGCAUAUGAGGUAUUAUCAAAUGAUGAAAAACGGGACAUUUAUGAUAAAUAUGGCAAAGAAGGAUUAAAUGGUGGAGGUGAAAGUCAUUCUGAUGAUUCUUUUGAGUAUGGCUUCACAUUUCGUAAGCGAGAUGCUAUCUUCAAAGAAAUUUUUGGUGAAAGGGAUCCAUUUUCAUUUCAUUUCUUUGAAGACUCUCUUGAGGAACUUUUAAAUAGCGUAAGAAGCUCAUAUGGAAGCAGAAACAGCGGCACAAGAUCCUUUUUCUCUACCUCCAGUGAAUAUCCAGUUUUUGAGAGAUUUUCUUCAUAUGAUAUGGGAUAUACACCAUAUAGUUCCGCAGGCCAUGAAGGCCUUCAUUCAUUCUGUUCCCCAUCAUUUAGUGGGAUGGAUGAUUAUGUAUCUUUAUCUGAAGUUACAACUUCAGGUAAAAUUAUUAAUGGCAGAAAUGCCAACAUUGAAAAUGAUCAGGAGAUAGAAGAAGUUGAAGAUGAUGGCGAGUUGAAGUCCUUCCUUAUAAAUGGCAUGGUGGACGAAGAGGGCUUUGCAGAAGAAUGCAGCUGGAGACGACAGUCAUUCAACACUUACCCACCACACUGCUGUAGCCCCAAACAUGUAUCUCAAUGCCCUUUAGCGGACAAUGGUGUGCAAGGUAUACCUUUGGUCACCAGCAACUGGAAUCCCUUUAUUUUCCCCGCAGGAUUCAAAGAAGGUGGUAAGAGGAAAAAAAAAAAGCAUAAAGAGGUACACAAGAAGUCGUCAAACAAAAGGAAUCGUUAAAUUGACUCUCUAGACACAUUAUAUAACAUUUGAACACGACUCUUGGUGUGUUUUGGUUAAUCACAGGGUUUUAUAGAUAACAU